AUGACGUCACUUCCGGUGUUGGGAACGGGCCUCGCCAUCCGCGCCUGCGCGGUGACGCCCCGCCGCGUGCCGAGCGAACAGAGCGUCGAUGCGACGCUGGUCCUAAGGAGCUGCUCCCUGCGGGGCUCAAGGCAGGAUGUCGAUAGAGCUGAGCAGGAGGGGGCGCUGGGAGGUAGGUGGGGCUGCAGCUGUGGCUGGGAGCACAGGAACCUCGUUGGACUUGACUGUGGGGCAGUGAGGGUGGUGUGGGAAUCUAAUGUUGAUUCUGCAUCUAGAACAAGCCCUAUCCGCAUCACGCUGGGCCUCCACCUCCACAUGCUCAUGGCCCCUGGGAUGCCUGGCAUGAUCCUCCAUGGGAGCACCAGCACUGGAGAGCCAGGGGAAGGAUGCAUCUGCCUGGUCCCAGGCAGCCCAGGCCUUUCCCUGGCCCUGCUGACAUCCACUGGAAUGAAGAGAACUGGGAAUGGGACCCCCAGGACUGUGAAGAGCCGCCGCCUCCAUGGAUGGAAAGAGAGGAUCACCACGGCCAUGAGGAAAUGUUUGUCAAGGACUUGCAGCUGGAUGCUCCUCAAGGACGUGCUUUGUUCCCAGGCUGGUGGUUCCUGGCCCUGCAGACCUCUUCUUUCUCUGUAUUGUUAUAACCUGGUCAUGUUUAUGGCUGCUUUUGUCACUAAGCCUAAUGAGGACUCACUGAAGACCUCCUCUGUGCAGGGAUCAAGGCUAGGGCAACACUUUAGCAAGAUGUCCUCAAAGCGGUUCUGCAGGAGGGGGCCCCGGGCCUUUCCCUGGGAGCCCUAUCCGCGUCACGCUGGGCCUCCACCUCCACAUGCUCAUGGCCCCUGGGAUGCCUGGCAUGAUCCUCCAUGGGAGCACCAGCACUGGAGAGCCAGGGGAAGGAUGCAUCUGCCUGGUCCCAGGCAGCCCAGGCCUUUCCCUGGCCCUGCUGACAUCCACUGGAAUGAAGAGAACUGGGGAUGGGACCCCCAGGACUGUGAAGAGCCGCCGCCUCCAUGGAUGGAAAGAGAGGAUCACCACGGCCAUGAGGAAAUGUUUGUCAAGGACUUGCAGCCGAUACCACAGCUGCGUCACUGGGACUUCUUUGCCCAGCCUGAGUUCCCCGGCCAGGAGCACCAUCCUGCUGAAUUCCUAUGGGAGCAAGAAGUCUUCCAGGACAACUUCUCACCCCAGCACCAUCGUGGCCCACGCCAGAAACGCUGCCGGCUCCUUCGGCCCAUCCAGCAGAGACAGCAUCCGCACAGCCAGUUCUCACCCCAGAGCUCUCAAGGACACCAUCCAUCCUCCAAACCCUCUCAGUCGAGCUCCCCAGCCAGCCAGCCAGGUGUUAAAGAGCACCUUGGUGCUCCCCAGUCACCUACUGCCUGCAAAAAGAGUCUGCAAAGCGAGAAGCAGGUGGAUGAGGAUGUCCCCCAGGGCCUGCUGGCGGCAAACAGCCAGGUGCUGGAACAGCCUGGGCAUGCAGAGAAAAGCCCAGAGAAGAGCCCAGAGACAAGCCCAGGCACUGACCCCCAGGAAGUGGAGCAGGAGCCAGCAGCAGAAUCAAAGCCAGUUGAGCCAGAAGUUGGAGAGGAAGUUGCAAGCAACCAGCAGCCCUCUGCAUCGGAACUGGAGCCAGUCUCACCAGAGAUGACCAGCACCAAGGAGGAUGAAGGCUUGGAGCUGAUUCCACUGGAGGCUACUGCAGAGCCCAGCACACAGCCCAGCACGGCCAGCUCCAGUGUCUGCACUGAGGCAGCAGCACCAGCCGGGACCGGGCAGCAUCCUUGGGGUUGGACAGAGCUGGCUGCAGGCUUCCAGAGCUUACCCCACCCCCUGCACUCCACACAUUCCCCCACCAGCACAGACCCGCGCUCUGCUGCCAUCCUCACCAAGAAGGAGAGCAUCGAGCAGGGAUACCACGACUUCUGCCUGAAUUUUGCCAUGGUGUCCAUCAUGCUGCUGCAGAAGGAGCCCUCUAUGGAGGGGGUGCUGAUGAAGGCACUGAGAGACAACCUGUGUGAGCUCCGCAACCGCUUCAUCAAGGAGAUGGAGGACUUCAUCCAGGAGUACGAUGAGUUGCACCCCAGCUGCUGAGUGGGGAGCUGUGGGGCUGUGCUGGCAGAGCCUGCACUGUGGGGCUGGAGGGAUGUGCCAACAUGGUUUCUCUUGGAGACGGGGCGUUGGAAGGCCUUCAUACUGUGGGGAGGGUGGUUGGUUCUGAUGGUUGUAGGCAGUAACUGGGGACUGUGGGCAAUGGAUGAGCCAUAUGUAGGCCUGUAUUUAUAGUGACGGAGGGAGGUGGUUUUAUUGGGGGGAGGAGGGAGGGAGGGAAACUGUGAGGAGGGGCCUUUAUUCUACUACUCAUUUUCAUAACAGUCUCUUCAAAAUUCAUGGUUUGUUCUUUUUCAUAAAUAAAAAUGAAUUAUUUUUGCAGCCUUU